AUGGCUUUUGGUUUCCACUGCACCAUCAAUCAUCUGCGCUGGCGUCUGGUGGGGCAUGUCGGGAUUCCUACCCAAACCUCGGAGUCUGAUGGUCCCAUGAUAAAUCUUUCCUACAUCUCCACGCCACUGGUAUGGUCCUGUGGACUCCGCGACGUGUCUCCAUUCAGACCCUGCUCGGGUUUAAGUGACAUGCAGGCAUUAGCAGAGUGUCCGUCACCACCUGACUGCCCCAGGGAGACCCACAGCAACACAAACUCGCACAUAUACAGUCACAUCGGAGUUAGCCACGGGUGGCUGGCCAGCUUUAUGGCCUCCUUCAAAGACAGGCCACUCCGCAAUGGUCCGACCCGGCAUGCCGACCCCUGCUCCCACGUUCCCGCCCUGAUGAAAGCUGUUGGUGUGAUGAGGUUGGGGAGGAUGGGAAUGGUUGGCCACUCCCCCAUCACACCGUCUCCUACUACUACAGCCCACAGCAUGAAAAUGGCCCUAAACAGACACUUUCAGUCACUGCAGGACAGACAGGAAGAUGGAAUAGGAUUGUCUACUUAUUUGGGAGUGGGGCACUGGUGGCUUCCUCUACUCACAAGGACAGCAUUCAUCAAGCGAAUGGUGGAGGAUGGCUGGGUGGGGGUCGGCCGGGUUGCUGCCAGAUGGGUGAUGCUUGGUGCUGAUUACAGCCAAAUGGAACAGCAGCAGCUGGAGGUGGGAGGGGUGAAGGGGAGCAGUUUGGUCCUCACAGGGGGUCUCAGAUCUGCCCGAGAGAUGAGCGGGGCAGGAACAUCCUUCAUAUCGGAUUGGCCACUACCUGCUCACAUCAGUGUCAUCAAGGGAAAUCGACGCAGACAACGAGAGAGAGAGAGAGAGCCUGACAGAGGAAUGGCCCCGGUCGUCUUCGGGGAAGGCUUUGUGGUCACCUCGUUUGACAUAAACACAGCUCAGACUGUGGAUAACAAGCAGUGUGGCUCAUGUUAUUUCUCCAUCUUUCUCUCCCCCCCCACCCCCUUCUUCCAGAUUUCCUUUGAACUGGCAGAGUACACUGCUAACGUGGAUGGCGUGGGCACGCUGCGCCUCCUGGAUGCCAUCAAGACGUGUGGUCUGACCAACAGCGUGAAAUUCUACCAGGCCUCCACCAGUGAGCUGUACGGCAAAGUCCAGGAGAUCCCUCAGAAGGAAACCACUCCCUUCUACCCCCGUUCACCCUACGGGGCUGCUAAGCUUUAUGCCUACUGGAUCGUGGUGAACUUCCGUGAGGCCUACAACAUGUUCGCUGUCAACGGAAUCCUUUUUAACCACGAGAGCCCGAGAAGAGCUGCAUUCCUAAGGGAGUGCAAGUUUAACAAGAGAAUCGGAGUAUCCAGGACCGCCUCCCCCCGAGCCCUCCGUGACUCCCCCAUACCCGAGCCCCCAGCUGACAGCUCCUGUCCCCAUCCUGUCUGGGCCCACAUGUCCUGGCACUGGAUGGGAGACGUCUCUGUACAUUUCUCAUCACCCUCCUCCGCCUCCUUUUCCUCCGCAUACAUGAGCCCAGCUGUGCCAACGAAGCCGUUGAGUUACGCUUUUCCUGUUGCUCCUCUGGCCAACGACUCAAAAGGACUGACGGAAAAAAAAGAGAAGAAGCGGUUAUGUUCAAACUUUGUGACGCGUAAGAUCAGCCGUUCUGUGGCAAAGAUUCACCUCGGCCAGCUGGAGAGCUUCAGCCUGGGCAACCUGGACUCCAAAAGAGACUGGGGCCAUGCCAUGGACUAUGUGGAGAUCCCUGCAGGCCCCCAUCGCCAUUCCCUGAACGGCUGCAGAAGAAAGCCAGAUAUUAAGAGAACACUGCGUCCCGAGGACGAUGACAGAAAUACUGUGUUUGUGUUAAAGGCACACUGCCUUGAGAUGCACCAGGUUUCCUGUGGGAACUGCUGGCAUUCCAGUCCUGCGUGCGGCUGGCUGGGCAUCGUCUCGGCCGGGUAUCGGGUGUCCGUCCCCGGCAGGCAGACAGACCUGGUGCUGCCCAGUGACUCUCGCACGCGGCUCUUUGGAAUUAGGCAAUAUGGGACAGAGCAGGCCAAGCAGAAGAGGAAACCCACAGCAAUCACUCACAAAAUGUUCCAACUGAACAUUGAGGGAUUCAACCAGCUGCCUCUCCGUGCAGUAAUGGUUACAGAUGAGGCUACUUAA